AUGUUGACAAGGAGUAUUACACAACAACUUCAUACAGGUUACAAUAAUAACUUGUUGUUAUCAGUUGUGUUGCAGCAGAGUGGUAGUUUUAGACAACUUACACCUAUUGUAGGAUGGAGUGGAGUUGGUAGACUAUAUCAAUCAACAUCAAACACUGCUACAAAGUUUGCUUGGAAGGGUAAACACACCUCAGGCGAUACCAAUGACCUGGUCGUAGGUUAUAGCGGAUAUACCAAAAAUACUACAAAUGAUCAUGGCAUUGGCAGUGGCAGAGGCAGUGGCAGAGGUAGAGGCGGCGGCAGCAGCAACUAUCGAUCAUCAUCCUCAUACGACAUGGACGAGAGCAGCAGUGGAAGGGGUGGCAGCAGCAGAGGUGGCGGAAGUAGAGGUGGCAGCAGCAUCUAUCGAUCAUCAUACGACGUGGACGAGAGUAGUAGUGGUGCCCGCGGUGGGUUUGGUGGCAGUGGAAGAGGCAGAGGCAGAGGUGGCAGCACCAGCAAUUAUCGUGACAGAGACGAGACUAGAGGUGAUGGAGACCGUGGUGGCCGAGGUGGUCGAGGUGGAGGCAGAGGUGGAAGCACUACCUCUCGAUCAUCAUUCAACAAUGACAUGGAAGAAGGAACACGCGAAUACAACAGCAGCAACAGCAGCAGGCCAAGAUUUCAAAGACAGCCAGCAGAAGAGGAGGAGCGUAGUUCAGAGAGACAGUACAGGCCAGUGAGGGAGGAGCGACAGUCAGAACAGAAGUACUUCCGUCCACAAGAGCGUGAGAAUAGUCGGUCAGAGUAUCGAUCAGAUUAUCAACGUCGUUCGCCAGAGUCUCAUCUUGAAGAACAACGCCAACCACGCUAUCCCAAAAAGACAGACACAUAUGAUCGUUUCCGUUCGGGCAUUGCAACCCGUGGAGUUCCCAGAUCAUCACCGUCAUCAUCAUCAUCAUCAUCAUACACUAGCAGAGGUGAUGGUGGCAAUGGUCGAUUCAAUAAGAGAGUGGAUAACAAUGAUCACGACGACAAUGAUUCAAUGGACACGAACGAGGGAUAUGACAAGGAUGCAGCGAGGGCAUCCCCAUCAAAGACCUACAUCAAGAUGAGAGGAGAGGGAUUGUUUGGACUGCAUCCAGUAUCAAUUGCACUGACAUCUGAUAACAGAACGAUACAUUCACUCUUCAUUCAAGAGUCAUUAUACGGAAGACUUAUGGAGAAGCAAGAUAUUAAUGUUCAAUUGAUUGAACAGGAUAAUGAUCAAGUGGAAGAUGGAGCUGAGGCUGAGACACUGGCCGACAUUGACAUGGACAACGACAUGGAUGAUGAGGACGAUGGAGAAGACAACGACAUCAGCACUGCCAAUCGCAAGACAAGGCGACAGGAACAAGAUCAAGACCAAGACAACAAUGGUCGAUCAGCGAACAGCAGAUACAGAGGAAGAAAGAACAUUGAUGCCUACCAUGAUGUACUGGCAUCAUGCAAGAGAUUGAACAUCAAUGUGAUCCCGAUUUCCAAACAGAUGUUGGAUGUGUUCUCAAAGUUCAGACUACAUCAGGGUUUGGUGCUGGACUGUUCUCCACUGACUGUGUAUCCAAUCAGUCGCCUGGAGACACCCACGCCUGAGCAGUACAAGAACCGCUAUCCACUGUUUGUCGCACUGGAUGAGCUGUGGGACCCGCAGAACACCGGUGCCAUCAUACGUAGCUGCCACUACUUUGGUGCCGAUGGCGUUGUGAUCACCGAUAAGGGCUCGAGCCCAAUCACACCAUUCGCUUCCAAGGCAUCCAGUGGAGCCAUCGAGGAAUUCCCAGUAUACAAGACACUAUCACUAUCUGGAUUCCUAAAUGCUAGCAAGGACAAGGGAUGGGAGAUCAUUGGUACAUCGCUAUCUGCCACCUCAUGCGAGUUGUCGUCCACACAACUGACCAAGCCCACCAUCGUCGUCAUUGGCAACGAAGGAUUUGGACUCAAGGAUAACGUUCAAAGACAAUGCGACAAAAUGAUCAAGAUACCUCAGCGAUCGGUACCAAGUAGCAAGGUCGACUCGUUGAAUGCUAGUGUGUCAGCUGGCAUCGUUCUGUAUCAACUAAUGGAGUCCAAUAAAGUGAAGUGA